AUGCUGACUCGCUAUGCCUGGCAUAUUAGAACAAAAAUCUCGAAAGAGCAUCUCUCGGCUCUGUUCUCACUGAAAAUACACACUCUUCCAAAAGCACAAGCCAAGCUCAUAGCAACUAACACUGACUGCUAUGUGUCACAUAUAGCAUCAAUGAAACUCGAUUUGGGAGAUCAAAAAUUGGUUCUGAACAUGGAACUGGAGCUCAAAAAUCCUGCAAGCGAUGGAUCCCAUAAAUUGCACUCUGAGAGCACUGCUCGAGUAGCUGCGUACGUCGAUCGAGCAAAACUGCCGCUGUGGGUUCUGAGAGGUGCAGUCCACGUUUGUUUGAGCGAAAGCUCGACGACAGCUGCGUUUUUUCGGUCAAAACUUCUAAAAAAGAGACAUGUUCGUAGAGGCAUUGUUGCAGCAUAUGAAGAUGGUUACUGCAUGUUUUACGCAUGUCUUAUCGAACCGAACGAGACGCUAUUUGAGAUACAAUGCGUAGAACUCGAUUUAGUGACUGUCAAGCAACAACUGGAUCUGCAAUUGCCCCGAAACACAAUGCUCGACAGCGGCAAUGCUUUAGACCACCUGGUAGAGCGCAAACAGCGGCAACAACUGCGCAGCCGCUCACGUGUAUCGGAGCAUGCUCAACUUGCCGAUAUGAGGCGUCAGUUUUUGAAGACUGCUGCCAGUUGUAUUCGAAGCGGCUUGCGGCUAAGGGGCAUGCCCGAAGGUCAGCCUGAGUUCCACACAGUGUACAAAACCACUUUGUCGACCGUUGAGUUUGCUCAUCGACAUGAUUUGACUGCACUACCGUCCUCGCCACAAGCCGUGUCUUUCGAAACUGUUCAAGACACCGUUGAGACUGUGCUGCGUCUUUUCACCCACACGUGA